UGCGGCUGAGCGCCGCGCAGGCGGACGAGCGACCUGAGCCCGCCAGCUGCAAUUUCAAUCAAGAAGCGGGCAGCGCGUGCGGGUUGUGUUCGUUGAGUCCGUUAUUCCGGAGGCUGUCAAACCAACUGCCUACCUACCAACCACCCGACGGUGCCAAUGGCGGAACGCGGGGCCGUAGAGGAUCUGCGAGAAGAUGCUAUAAUCGAUUUCUUGGCAAAGAAAGGCGGCCGAGUGAAAAACAAGGAGCUGGUGGAGAAGUUUAAAAAAUUCAUCAACGCGCCGGAGCCGCAGCUGAAAGCUAAAUAUCGUGAUAUCUUCAAAGAUAUCAUCAACAAAAUUGCACUGGUCAAACAGGAAGAUGGUGAAAAAUAUAUUGUUCUUAAAAAGAAAUAUCAACAUCUUGUGAAGGAAAGAGAUGGAUGCCACAAAGAAGAAAAUGUUACAGUGAUUACUGCUGUGGAAGAGUUGGUUGAACAGUUCCCGAAAGAAGAAAUAUCCCCACAUUCUGAAGAAAAACAGCAGCAGCGCUCCAACUCUGAUGACCCAAAGAACAAGAAAACUUCUCCAAUGGAAACACUACUGAAAAAACAUACUAGUAAACCGUUAAACAGCAAGGUUUCUGCUGGAAGCUCGACAGAUGAAAAAGUGAACAUGUGUGAGUGGAUUAUACAAGAAUUACCUACACCAACAGCUGACAAUAAGUCCAAGGUGCCUUCAGAACUAACCAAGGAGACCCAGUUACAGGAAAAACCCAGUAUUUGCUUCAUCGAAGCAUUUGAAGAAAAACAAGGCAAAAAGCUUGAUGUUGCAUCUGAAAGUGUCACAGAAUGUCCAGUGCAGAUUGAAGUAAAAGUGGAAGAAUCCCAAAUGGAUGAAUUUGAUUCUGUGUUCAAGAAUGACUCUGAGCAAAAUGGAUUUGAAGAUGGCACUGGAAGUAUGGGGUCACCAUCAGUUGCUUUGGAUCCUUUGGAAAAGGAGUGGCUAAAGUGUGCUGCCAGUGGACAAUUGACUGCUUUGUGUGAUCUCCUCAGGCAAGAUCCAUCUCUGGCAGCAAAAAAGGACUUCACAUCUGUAAGUGACAAUGUUUAUACUAAUGGCUUUAAUUUGAAGUUCUGA